GAAAACAGACGUGUGAAAUUAAAAGCCAACUUCCGACAGACAAUAAAGCACGACGGCCAAGCCAUGGGGAUACAUUUCAAAAAAUCCCUAAUGCUAAUUUUAUUGGCUCAGAUUAUGGUUUUCGGCCUGCCCGCCCAAGAACCAGCUGCAAGGGCUUCAGUGGAUAUUCAAGGCCGAAUUAUAUCCGGAAGUCAAGCUAAAAUUGGUCAAUUUCCCUGGCAAGUCAUCUUGAAAAGAGACGAAUGGGAUGAUUUACUCUGUGGAGCAUCCAUUAUUUCUGCAAACUGGGUACUGACGGCAGCUCACUGCGCCUCCGGCCACGACUCCUUGUUUUUGAUGUUUGGAAGCGUGCAGCUUAACAAUGAAAAUGCCCAGAAUAUGACGUCCACAAAUAUUUUUGUCCAUCCAAACUAUAACGAACAUUUGAAUAACGAUGUGGCACUGAUACAGCUUCCAGAACCACUAGUGUUUUCCAGUUACGUUCAGGCCAUACAAUUAGUGACAGAGUCCGAGCAAUCAAACAAUUUUGUGGGCACUACAGCAGUCGUGGCAGGAUUUGGAUUGAUGGACGACGAGUACCUUGACUAUUCGGAAACACUGAUGUUUGCCCAAGUGGAGGUCAUUGGCAACGAUCAGUGCCUACCCAUCUUCGGCGCUGCCGUCGUAGUGAACUCGACUAUGUGUUGCAAGGGCGUCGGAGGAAGCAACAUGUCCAUUUGCAGUGGCGACUCCGGCGGGCCCCUCAUCGCAUACAACACCAACAGCGGACAAUGGCAGCAGAUCGGCAUUAAUUCUUUCGUCGCUGAAGAUCAGUGCACCGCCAGCUACCCCUCUGGCUACGUCCGUCUCACUUCCUUUCUUCAAUUUAUUGCCGAGACAACAGGCAAUGCUGUAUGAAAUCUGACUUAAAGCAGAAGAAAUAAUAAAACAUGGGCAUAUCAAA